GGGAUUUCUGUUGUUUUGAAUUUGGCACCUUGCACUUUCACUGGCUGUUGUCAUAUCGAUCCCGUUAAUGGGAUCGCAGCCGUAAGAAGUUUUUAAACCAGCAUUAAGUUGGCAGAUGACACAACGGUGGUAGGCCUGAUCACUGACAACUGCUUGGCAUCUGACCGUCCCCAAUAUGGGGACUACAAUUAUUUAGCGUAUUGAUUUUACCCUUAAGGUAUCAAAACAAAAAUAUAUAAUAAUUAUUAUUAUUUUGAUACCUUAAGGGUAAAAUCAAUACGCUAAAUAAUUGUUGGUAUGACCAUCUUAAAACAAGUCCACAUGUUAGUUUAGAACCCUUCCCCCGGCUUAGACUCUAGAGGGUUUUAAGACAGUACUGUUCAGAUAAUACAGGACAAGCCAUGGUUGAUGUAAUUCAUGUUGAACUGUUUAUUUGAUGCGUAGCAGAAAGUAACUAGCUAAACACAAAUUGCAGAAGGAUGUUGUGUGAAAUCACAACUCUGCAAGCUGUGCUGGUCAAGGAUGAGAUGAAUAGAAAGCCCAUCCUUGUUUUUCUCUACUUUAUAUCAAGCACCUAAGGAAUAUUGUACAUACACAGGUAUAUCAUUCCCUCCAUUAUAAACUCAGCAAAAAAAGAAAUGUCCCUUUUUCAGGACCCUUUCUUUCAAAGAUAAUUCGUAAAAAUCCAAAUAACUUCACAGAUCUUCAUUGUAAAGAGUUUAAACACUGUUUCCCAUGCUUGUUCAAUGAGCCAUAACAAUUAAUGAGCAUGCACGUCCUGUGUGUGAUUUCCUGCAAGACAGGAAUGUCAGUGUUCUGCCAUGGCCAGCAAAGAGCCCGGAUCUCAAUCCCAUUGAUCACAUCUGGGACCUGUUGGAUCGGAGGAAUCCGUCCCUGGUGAGGCCCUGUCGACCCCCAGCCCCUCAGUGAGCCGCAAGCCCUUAGAGACGGACCGCACCACACGAGAGUUCAUCGACUUCCUUAAGACACUGAAACCUGGCAGGGAGAUCUUCAAACAGUGCAGAGCCUUCACAGAGAGCAUGGCCUACAAGAGGGACCUGGGUGCUGAUGAGCUGUCUGAGUGCGUUCAAGACUUCUACCAGAACCUUUCAGACCGCCUGCACACACACUUCAAAGGGUCGUCGGAGCGCGUAGAGAGUGUGAUGGACGAGGUAGAGAGGUACAUGAUGACACGUCUCUACGAGGAGGUCUUCUGUCCUGAGACCACAGACGAUGAGAAGAAAGACCUGGCCAUUCAAAAAAGAAUCAGGGCCUUGCAUUGGGUCACCAUUGAGAUGCUGUGUGUCCCUGUGGAUGAGGAGAUUCCAGAGGUGUCUGAUAAUGUGGUCAAAGCCAUCACAGACGUGAUCGAGAUGGACUCGAAGCGUGUGCCCAGGGACAAGCUGACCUGCAUCACACGCUGCAGUAAGCACAUCUUCAAUGCCAUCAAUACCACCAAGAAGGAGGCGGCAUCUGCUGAUGACUUCCUGCCCACCCUCAUCUACAUCGUCCUGAAGGCCAACCCUCCGCGACUGCAGUCCAACAUCCAGUACAUCACCCGCUUCUGUAACCCUAGCCGCCUCAUGAGCGGAGAAGACGGGUACUACUUUACCAACCUGUGCUGUGCGGUGGCCUUCAUAGAGAAGCUGGAUGGCCAGUCUCUGAACCUGAGCGUUGAGGAGUUUGAGCUCUACAUGUCAGGCCAGGUGUCUCCCCAGCGUCCCCAGGCUGCCACCUCCCCCGCCUGUAGUGCUGCUUUCAGCCAGAUGAACGAGAGUCUGGACCUACUGACGGGGCUGGGCGUGAGGCAGGAACGCGUCAUGGAGGGGGCUCGCCGCCUGGAGAGUGACCUCAUCGACUGGAGGGAUGGGGUAGAGCACAAAGUGCAGGAUGUGUUGGAGAGGUUCCCCCUGGAAAUGCACCCCGCCGCUUCCCCCACCGCCUCUUCUGCCAUAGAUGCUGACAACGUGGAAAACGACCACCUGCCUUCUCCUCUCCAACCCCAGUUGUUUGCCGGCUGACCCCCCCCCCCCCCCCCCCCUUUGGACUUGUUACUCUCUCUCUCUACCCUGGAAAGUGUCUCCUGUCCUUAUGCACAUAUAGGUUCCCUCUAAUGGAUCCAAGAAAUAUAACUCCAACCCUCCCCAUUGUAUGCACACUUAAAAUAGAUGCUUGCAGUCGCCUGAACCCCAGUACUCUUAAAUAGCCAACUUUCUCGGUCUGUCUUCCCCACUGAUUGGUAAGAGGACAAGAUGGGUUGCAGGCAUAUUGCCUUCAUCCAUGGUCAUGAAGGAAAGGAGAUGAGGAAAGGAAACUUUAAGAGUAUUGGGACACAGAUCAUUGAUCUUGCCCUCCUUUGUCCCCUAUAUUACUCCUCCUGACUGAAUCCAAGUCAGAGUACAGAAACCCAAGCGAGAGGGAUCUGUUGGGGGCACGUGAGUGUAUGUGACCACGACCAAAUUUCCCCUUAAGAUGUUUAUAAAUAAGUAUAUAUAUAUAUGUGUGUGUGUAUAGUUUCAUUUCCCUGCCAAACCUGUUCAGUCAUGCGCUCAGUUUGAGGAAGUUCUUUUAUUUUUCUAUUAUUCAGGCUAUAGUCUUCUGAGAGGGGAUAAUGACUUAAGCCUAUUAAAAUGGCUAAAUUGAUACUGUAGCUCAAAGUUUACAUUUUGUCUGUAAGAAAUACGUGAUUUGCAAUUCAGAGUAUAGGAGAUACUAACAGUCACUUCUCUCUUGUUUGACCUUAUUUGACUGCUGAACAGCUGCUUCUUCAGAAGAACAGAAAGGGUGCAUAUUUAGAAUGGUUAUAUCUAAGAGUACUUUUAGUAAGUUCUUUAUAUUAUUUUACAGUGGUGUAUAUUAUUUGUACAAAUGUUUUGUGGGUAAAUGUUGCCAAACAGAAUAGCCAUAACAAUGUUGAUCUCAGCUCCAUGUAGUAACCAUUCAUUCGCGGUCAGAUAUAUGAAGGAACAGUAGACAUUGAGUUGAAUGAGUAGUAUCUUUGAUGCAACAGAAAGGUCCAUUUACAUACUACCUAUAUAUUUUCUGUUCUUUAAUCAUGUUUCAUUUUAUUACAUUUGUAACUAUCAGAACAGUGUACAAAUGCUGUACAAAUGCUGGUUGCCAAAAUCCAUUCAAUCCAAUUUAAACACUAACUGAAAUAACUAGGCAUUGGAUACCACACAGCAAUCAAUGAUUAGGUAUUUUUGAAAGCAAUGUUAAAAAAAUAUAUAUAUCACACACACAUCUGUACAACCUUGUAGGUUUGUCUUUGUAUGUUGAAGGAGUAACUCAACAUUGUCUUGUAUUUUAAUGUAACUUAUUGAGACAGUUUUGUUUUAUAGUGUCCAUGGGUUUGUUGUGUUGAUGAAUAAAAUAACUCAAAAGCU